AUGCCUGUCGCUAACCAAACAAUUGCUUUUGAAAAAAAUACUGCCUUUGUUUUAUUUGGUGCUUCUGGUGAUUUAGCCAAGAAGGAAACUUUCCCAGCUUUAUUCGGUUUGUACUCAGAAGGUGCUUUAGAUCCAAGUACUAAGAUCUUCUGUUAUGCUCGUUCCAAGUUAACUGUGGAUAACUUAAGAGAAAACUGCAAACAGUACUGUAGACCUUCCACUGGCGGGAAUGACAAGUUCAAGAUGGAUCAAUUUUUCAAGAUGGUCACUUACAUUUCUGGUGCUUAUGAUACUGAUGAUGGCUAUCUAAGAUUAAAAGGUGAAAUUGAAGCCUUUGAAAAAGAAAGAGGUGUUACUCAACCACAUCGUAUCUUCUAUUUAGCUAUUCCACCAACAAUUUUCUUAACUGUUGCAGGUCAAUUGAAGAAGAAUAUUUAUGCUACUAAUGGUAUCACAAGAGUCAUUGUUGAAAAACCAUUCGGUAAUGACUUAGACACCUCUAGAGAAUUACAAAAAGGUUUUAAGCCAUUAUUCAGGGAGGAUGAAAUCUUUAAGAUUGAUCACUUCCUAGGUAAGGAUGAUUUGAAACGUCUAUUGGCUGUUAGAUUUGCCAACCCAUUCUUAAAUGGAACUUGGAACAAGGACUACAUUGAAUGUAUUCAAGUUUGGUUCAAGGAACCAUUUGGUGCUGAAGGUCGUGGUGGUUACUUUGAUGUUGUUGGGAUCAUAAGAGAUGUGAUGCAGAAUCAUUUACUUCAAAUUCUUACUGUUGCUUUAAUGGAAGAACCUGUCGCUAACAAGGCUGAAGCUAUUCGUGACGCUAAAGUUACUUUGUUGAAAAGCAUGGAGAAAUUAGGCCCAAAGAAUGUUGUCUCUGUUGGUCAAUAUGGUCGCUCCACCGAUGGUAAACUACCAUCUUACUUAGAUGACGAUACUGUCUUAAACAAAGAAUCCAAAUGUUUGACCUUCACUGAAAUUACUAUGGAUGUUCACAACGAUCGUUGGGAAGGUGUCCCAAUUGUCAUGAGAGCUGGUAAAGGUCUAGAUGAAGAUAGAGUUGAAAUUAGAAUGAAAUAUAAGAAGAACGUUUCUGGUAUGUUCGCUGGUUGUACACCAAAUGAAUUUGUAAUUCAAUUCCAUCCAGAACGUAAAAUUUACAUGACUUUCAACACUACUGCACCAGGUUUCGUGGAUAACGUUCACCAAGUUUCAUUAGAUAUGACUUACUCUGACAAGUAUGCCAAGGACUGGGUUCCAGAAGCUUACGAAAGAUUAAUCAGAGAUGCUUUCUUAGGUAAUCCAGCUAAUUAUGUAAGAGAUGAUGAAUUGGAUGUCAGUUGGGAUAUCUUCACACCUCUAUUGAAUUAUGUUGAAGGUCCAGAUGCUCCAGAACCAGAAAUUUAUCCAUAUGGUUCUACAGGUCCAAAGGGUAUCCUUGAAUAG